GUUUGCAUCGAGCCACUCCUCUCCACAGUAUAAAAAGUUCGGCAGGAACCAAGUUUUUCCAACAGAAACGCACACGGUCCAGUUUGUUAAAACAGAGCAGCUAAGUUUUUCAUUUGCUGAAGAACAGAGUGAGCUGCGAGAGAAAGCAUAGAAGAGAGGCGAGCUUGCUAGCUGCAGCCAUGGGGUUCUGCUGUGGGCCUUCGGAUGUCCAGGUGCUCCCCAAGAACACCGCCACUUCCUCCUCCUCAUCCACCUCGUCUUCUGCUAAAGAUUCCGGUGAUGGCGGCAAGAAGAAACAGCAGCAAGGUGUAAAGGAGCAGGGGAAGGAGAAGAAGAUGAGCAACCUUGACCGGGCCGCCCUCACAACGCCCCGCCUCCCCUUCCAUUCUCGACCCGGUCUCAUGUGAUAAAUUAGCCGAGAACAGCAGUGUAUUUCAUAGAAAUAUACGAUCUUGUGUGUUCUCUUAUUAGUCUACGGCGGAGUCUGGAACUUAGGAUGCAUAGCUCCAUUGUCCCGUUGAAGUUUCGAGGUUUGUAGUGUGGCCAUGUGUUCUAUUUAUUCAUUGAUGGGUUGGUUGUAUCAAUAUAUCCAAAUUACAGGUGUGUUAUACCAGAGUUCAUUGUCCAUCAGGAUAACA